GAUCGACCCAUGUUGCGUGGUCAGGAGACGGCCGAUUGAUCGCGCGCGCGCAAGCGGUAGACCACUUUGGCUCUCUCGAGAUGGAGACUGACUCACAGGAUGCCAGCAUUAGGCCGCCAAAAGUCAUCAUCUUGCCCGGUCAUGCGGCCGAUAUGUCGAGUGCGACGUUUUGCAUCUUAGAAGAGGACCAUACGCUCGGCAAUGCACUGCGGUACAUGAUCAUGAAGAAUCCGCAAGUACAGUUCUGCGGGUACAGUCAGCCGCACCCAUCAGAGGACAAGAUUCACCUCCGUAUCCAGAUGUACGAUGGUCUGAGUGCGUAUGAAGCGCUUCAGAGUGGCCUCGCAUCGCUCGAGGAUUGUAUACUGGCCAUUAGAGACGAGUACAAGUCCCAACUCGCAAAAGGCGACUUCGAGCGGGUGGAGGAUCCAGACCUUGCCACGAUCAAAGCCGAUGCCAUUGAGGCUGCCAAAAUCAAGCAGCGCGAAGCGAGGCUCGCAGCUCGGCCGGCUACAGCCGCACGAAGCAAAUCGAACUCAAAGCCACCCGUCGCGGCUUGAAGGGCUAUAUUGUAGUUGAUGUGUUGUUGUCAAUCGAACACAGGCACGCAAAGGCAGAGCAGUACAGACAUGGAGCUGCAAUUGAGAGCACAAGCGCGUGAUGGGGCGCAAAGGUCAUCUAUGCGACGAUCUUGACGAUACCGCCUGCCUCUUUGAUCUUGAGCUCUGCCCUCCUGGAGACAUAGCGGGCCUUGACGAUGAGCGGCACUUGCGGGAUCCUUCCCUUGGCUAGCACCUUGCUGUAGCC